AUGUGGCAGCGAGCUUCCCGCGCCGCGCUUGCGGCAGCUUUCUUCCUAGUCUCCAUUGCGAAUGCUCUUCCCCAUGGUGAUGACGAUGCGAUGGACAUGGACAUGAGCCAUAGUGAAUCUACUCAGGAAUCACACACAGAUGACGAUAACGACUCCCUCAUGAGCUAUUUCGCGUAUGGAAAACACAGCGGCGCAAUCGUGGCUCACAUUGGUCUGAUGAUUCUCGCCUGGUGCUUUAUUCUGCCAACAGCGGUCAUGUUCAGUGUUGCGCGAUCACGUUUCGCGCUGCCGUCGCAGUUCCUUUUCCUGGUGUUCAACGCGGUGGGAUUGCUUGUUGGAAUCAUCUACAACAGCCAGACCCCUGGUCUGUACCCGAACAACGCUCACCACAAGAUUGGCUGGAUCGUGACCUGGGUCAUGAGCGCGCAAGUCAUCAUGUCGUUAAUUUUUGCCUACGCUGGCAGAGGCGAGUCGGAAUCGAGCUCAUAUGAGCGAGCGGCCUUCCUCCCUGUCUCUACCGAUGAGAUGGCUGAGAAUGCUCACACCUACCCAGCUGGUAUCCGUCAUUCAUACCGUUGGUCGCGCGACAGUGGACAGGGUACGGAAAGAAACUCCUCUUCCCUCCACAGUCGCCCCAGUUCGCCUUCUUGUUCUUCACCUUCGGAUGAGUAUGAUGGAUUCGAAAAGCCCGAGGACCCGAUUCCUGAACAUUCGUCCCAACCACGCGGUUGGUUCCGCGUCCCAUUCUUCGAUCGCUUCCUUGCCAGCCGUGUGCCUCGUAUGGUCUCCAACCGGGGCCUUGGGAUCAUCUCGAUCAUCUAUUCCUUUAUUGACAGAAUAAUCUUGCCGUUUGGCUUCGUCGCCCUCACGACCGGUGGCGUGACUUACGGUGGUCUCAUGAGAGGAAGCGAGGUCUUUAAUGGUCUUGCCCACUUUAUCAAAGGCGGCAUCUUCUUUUGGUACGGUAUUCUUACACUCGGACGCAUGCUUGGGUGCUGGGCCGACCUUGGCUGGGCCUGGAACGUGAAGCCGUCCAGUGCAAUUGUCGGUAAAUGGAAGGCCAAGAUCCCCUCUGGUGAAUUCGUCGAGUCAUUCGUGAUCUUCCUCUAUGGUAUCACCAACGUCUUCCUGGAGCACCUCGCUGGUUGGGGUGGCGCAUGGACUGCCACCGAUCUCGAGCAUGUGUCCAUUUCUAUCAUGUUCUUCGGUGGUGGCCUGUGUGGUAUGCUUUUCGAGUCGAAGCGCGUCCGAGGUUGGUUGAACAGCACGGUUCUGCAAUACCCCUCCCACAUGAGUGCGCACACGUCGACGGAUACCGCCUGGCAGCUCCCUGAUACUCAGGGUGUGUCGCUCAACCCCAUGCCUGCGCUGAUCAUUCUCCUGCUGGGGAUGAUGAUGGGUUCUCACCACCAAACUAGCAUGGUAUCCACCAUGGUGCACAAGCAGUGGGGCAACCUCCUGGUCGGCUUUGCGCUGGCUCGGGGUAUGACCUAUGUUGUCAUGUACCUCAAGCCCCCGACCUCCUACCUUCCAUCUCGUCCGCCGACGGAGAUCGUUGCUGCUUUCUGCUUGAUGUCGGGUGGCUUGGUCUUCAUGCUUAGCACCCGUAGCGUGAUCGAUUUGUUGGAGGAGUACGACCUCGACGCGAUGUUCGUCUUCACGGUCACCAUGGGGCUGACCGCCUUCAUCAUGGCAUGCGAAAUCCUGUGCAUUGCCAUCAAGGCCUGGGCGGUGAAGCGGGAGUCUCGCCCUGCGCUGCCGCCCUUCCAAUUCCCGGCCUCCGCCUGA